AUGGCUUCUCUCUGGAACGCCUUCACGGGCGGCAACAAGCCCCCUCACUCUCAGCAGCAGCAGCAGCACCAGCCUCAGACGACACAAGAACCCGCGCAUCUCUCCUUCGAUCCCACCGAGGGACAAGGCGUCGAGUCAUUUUUGCAGAGCUCUGCCUUUGCCGACCCCUCACAACUACACCCUCUCGCCGGCCUCAACAGAGACACUCUCGAAUAUAUCUCCCUCGAAGACUCAGCCCUGUCCGAACUGCCCGGUGGCCAAUCAGUUCUGCCCUCGCGCGGCUUCACAGACGACCUGUGUUACGGUACCGGCGUCACAUACCUGGCUGGUCUGGGUGUCGGAGGUGCUUGGGGUCUGCAGGAGGGUCUCAGGAGGUCGGCCGGUCAGCCUCCCAAGUUGCGAUUGAACGCUGUUCUCAACUCGGUCACCAGGCGGGGUCCCUUCCUGGGUAACUCGCUUGGCGUUGUCGCCAUUAUCUACAACUGCAUCAACUCCCUGAUUGGUAGCCUGCGCGGAAAGCACGACGCCGGCAACACUGUCCUGGCUGGUGCGCUGAGUGGUAUGCUCUUCAAGAGCACUCGUGGUAUUCGACCUAUGAUGAUCUCUGGUGGUAUUGUGGCUUCUGUCGCCGCUGGUUGGGCUGUUGUGCGACGAAGCUUCUUCCCCAUCCCAGAGCCUGUUCCCGCACCCUCUGAGGAGCUGACUCUGUAA